CAACUUGCAUGACAUGAUUUUACCGGACACAACGCCAUUAUUUAUGAAAGCACUAAAAGAAUGGCAUGCUAAGCUCCAUCCACAUUUUCCUUUUCCACUGGACUCUCUCUUUUCAUGCCAAACCAUAAUCCACAAUCAUAAUAUCUCAUAACUCCAUAAAAUCACAUCACAAAGAUCAAUCUCAUACGCCUAAAAGAAAUAUAUUCAAACUUGUAAGUUCGAAGAAAAUGGAACCUCGCAGUUUGUGUUGCUCAUUGGAAAUAUUGACACAACAUAUGAACACUGUCACUGAGCUUAUUAUCUCACCUUGUCAUUGUCUUGCAGUGCUUUUGGUAGCAUGUGUUGCAACCCUCUACGCUGCAUGCAGAAGAAAAACACCAAUUUAUUUGAUAGACUUCAACUGCUACUGUCCACCCAGUUCUUAUAGGCUACCGCUGGCCAUGUUUGAAGAGAAUCAAUUUUAUGAUGAUAUGGACCCAGAGGCUGUUGCUUUCCAGUGCAAGAUCAUGGCCAAAUCAGGAUUCAGUGAGCUAACGUCCAUUUCUCCAUCUCUUGCACAGAUACCCAAAAUCAAAGCUCUCUCCUUUGCCCUUGAGGAGGCAGAGACAAUCAUGUGUUCAGUGAUAAAAAACCUGUUUGAGAAGAACAAGAUAAACCCUAAAACCAUUGACAUACUCAUCACUAAUAGCAGUGUCUUCUGCCCCACACCAUCUCUCAGUGCCAUGGUGGUUAACAGGUUCAGAAUGAGGAGCAACAUCAUGAGUUUCAACCUAUCUGGUAUGGGAUGCAGUGCUGGAAUCAUUUCAAUGAGUCUAGCUAAAGACUUGUUGAGAGUUCAUAGGAACUCACUAGCUUUAAUAGUAAGCACUGAGACGCUGAGUCUGAAUUGGUACACUGGUAAAGUCCCUUCUAUGCUGCUAUCUAAUUGCCUAUUCAGAAUGGGUGGGGCAGCUAUAUUGAUGUCUAGUAGGGUCCAAGAUAGGCACAAGGCAAAGUAUAAACUGCAGCAUAUUGUCAGAACAAUCACUGCACAGGAUGAUGAAUCUCAUGGCUGUGUUUACCAACAAGUGGAUCCAGAGGAGAAAGAAGGUGUAUCCAUAUCAAAGAGCAUAGUUAAUGUGUCUGGAGAUGCACUGAAGAAAAAUAUAGCUUCACUAGGACCAUUGGUUCUGCCUUUGAGGGAGCAAUUCUUGUAUUUAUUUUCCAUAAUUUGUCGAAAAAUGUGGAGUACAGGAAGAAUAAGCAUCUACACUCCAAAUUUCAACCAUGCUUUUGAGCAUUUCUGCAUACAUUCAGGGGGAAGAGCCAUCAUUCAAGCGGUUGAAAGAAACUUAAGGCUAAGGAAACAGGACGUGGAGCCAUCAAGCAUGACUCUCUACAGGUUUGGAAAUAUUUCAUCAUCUUCAAUUUGGUAUGAGCUGAGCUACAUAGAAGCAAAAGGGAGGAUGAAAUGUGGGGACAGGGUGUGGCAAAUUGCCUUUGGAAGUGGAUUCAAGUGUAACAGUGCAGUGUGGAAAUGUGUUUGUGACAUGAAGCCAGACACCUCCACUGCAUGGAGGGAUACAAUUCAUUCCUACCCAGUGGAUAAUAUUAUGAGAACAAACUGACUGA